GUGAGUGAGAGGGAUAGAGAGUAUAGCAGUCAGCAACAUGUAGCCUCGCUGAGUGGAGGAUAGGUCGAAACUGUGUGUGCGCGUGAUUAUCUGCUUUUUGCGGGGGGUGACAUGUUUUCGUUUCAUCCCGAGGACAUUAUCCCGCAACAUUAGAAUCGAUCAGGCUCUAUGCCGCAGGAAAUGUCCAGCGGAGGGAUGGACGGAUGGAUUGUGGUGCACGGAGAGAAGACGCGGAGAGCAAAAAGAGAAGAAGAAGAGUGUUGGGCUCUUGAAAACAGGUCUCCUCUCCUCAUCAGGUGAAGCACUGUGAGCACCUCUCCUCUCUCCCUCCUUCCCCACAGACGUCACCCACUACCCAAAAAUCCCUAAAUCCCACCUGGCCUCACCUGCCAAACCCCAUCUGACAACUGCCACUGGCCCUCCCUUUACCCCAUGGUGGUCCCAAGGCCCGCCCUCUCACUGCUAUUGGCUGUCCUGGCCUGCACGGGGCCUGCACGCCCCUCGCCCCCCCUGCUGCUCCGGCCCCGGGAGAGAGAGAGGGACUCGGGUGGCGUCAACAUCGCCGUAGUCCACUCGGGCUCCUCCCUGCUCCCGGAGACGGCGGUGGUGGGAGGUGCGGGAGUCGGCGAGCCGGGGCCGGGGCUUGGAAACGGUCCGGGCGGUGGUGGUGGAGGAGGAGGAGGAGGAGGAGGAAAGGGAGUAACGGAUACAGCUUUGUUGGAAGGAGAGGAUGCCAUGGCCUCGUUUUCCUCCUCCUCCUUGUCAGCCCUUUCGCUGGCAGCGCUCGUGGGGGAGACGGUGAUGACGCCGUCGGGUCAGGCUAACGUCAUCUACCUGGCUGUGAAUGAGAGCAGCCCAGGCAGCCUGCUGCUGCAGCUGUGUGAGCUGCUCGCCACCACACCACUACAGGGUUUGGUGUUUGAGGAGGAGAGACCGCCACCGCCGAACCGCGCUCCUCUGGCCCCCAUGCUGGAGUUUGUCUCCGCCCAGACGGGGGUUCCCGUGGUUGCUGUAGGGGGAGGUGCCAGCCUUGGACGAGAGCCACAGGAAAGUGGCUCCAUCUACCUCCAAUUUACCUGCGCCACCUCACUCCAGCUCGAGGUAAUCUUCGAGGUGCUUGAAGAGUAUGACUGGACCGCCUUCUCUGUGGUGACCACCCGUCACCAUGGCUAUGAGGACUUCCUGGCCAUGGUGGAGGGUAUGACGGAUGGUUCAUUCAUUGGCUGGGAAAAGAAGAGUGUGGUGAUUCUUAAUGUGACGGAUGACCCUGGCGGGGCCCGAACCAAACGGCUGCUCAAGGACAACGAAGCCCAGGUCCGUCUGCUGUACUGCUCCCUGGAGGAGGCUGAGCUGGUUUUCCGGGCAGCCUGGGCGGCGGGUCAGGCCGGGCCCAGUCACAUGUGGUUUGCUGUGGGACCUGCCCUGUCCGGUUUAGGCCUGGAGGGGUUGCCCAAGGCCUUGUUCGCCAUCCGGCCACAGGGGUGGAGGGAUGAGCCACGCAGGCGCAUUGCCAAAGGUGUCUCAGUGCUCACCCAUGGGGCGAUGGCUCUGCGGAGGGACCAGGGGGCCUCCAGUCGGUCGCAGUACGCCGGCAACUGCCAGAGCGACGGCAACCAGACCCACCGAGUGCCAGACAGAAUCAGGUACUUCACCAACAUAUCCAUUGGUGGACGGGACUAUUCCUUCAACAGUGAUGGCUACCUGUCCAAGCCGCUGCUUGAUGUCAUCUCCUACACCAAUGGGAGAGGCUGGGAGGAGGUUGGCUGGUGGGAGAACGGCCACUUGCGUCUGCGUUACCAUCCCUGGUCUCGUUAUGGCUCCUUCCUGAAACCUCUGGAUGACUCCCAACACCUCCGGGUGGUAACUUUGGAGGAGAGGCCCUUUGUCAUCGUGGAACCGGCUGACCCGGGCACUAGCUCCUGCAUCCGAGACUCUGUACCCUGUCGAAUGCCUGUCAACACCAGUUUGGUGGUGGAUGGCACCGGGCCCAUGAAACACUGCUGCAAAGGUUUCUGCAUCGAUGUCCUCAAGAGACUGGCAAAGAUUGUGGGUUUCACCUAUGACCUUUAUCUGGUGACCAAUGGGAGGCAUGGGAAGAACAUUGAUGGGGAGUGGAACGGCAUGGUUGGAGAGGUGGUGUCCAACAGGGCUGACAUGGCCAUCGGUUCUCUCACCAUUAACGAAGAGAGGUCAGAGGUCGUAGAGUUCUCCGUUCCUUUCGUGGAGACUGGCAUCAGUGUCAUGGUUUCUCGCAGCAAUGGCACCGUAUCGCCUUCUGCUUUCCUUGAGCCCUACAGCCCGGCAGUGUGGGUGAUGAUGUUUGUGAUGUGCCUGUCGGUGGUGGCUGUCACCGUCUUCAUCUUUGAGUUCUUCAGCCCCGUGGGAUACAACCGCAGCCUGCAGAGCGCCAAGAAGUCAGGUGGAUCUAAAUUCACCAUAGGGAAGUCCGUUUGGCUGUUGUGGGCUCUGGUCUUCAACAACUCUGUGCCUGUGGAGAAUCCCAGAGGAACCACCAGCAAGAUCAUGGUGCUGGUGUGGGCUUUCUUUGCUGUCAUCUUCCUGGCCUCCUAUACUGCAAACCUGGCUGCCUUCAUGAUCCAGGAGGAGUACAUCGACACAGUGUCAGGGCUGUCUGAUAAGAAGUUCCAGCACCCAACAGAGCAGUACCCACCACUGCGUUUCGGCACAGUGCCAAACGGCAGUACAGAGGAGAACAUCCGCUCUAACUAUCCCAACAUGCACCAGUACAUGAUCCGCAACAACCAGAAGGGUGUGGAGGAGGCCAUUGAAAACCUCAAGACUGGGAAGCUGGAUGCCUUCAUUUAUGAUGCUGCGGUGCUGAACUAUAUGGCCAGAAAGGAUGAGGGCUGCAAGGUGAUGACCAUCGGCUCUGGUAAGGUGUUUGCCACUACAGGCUAUGGCAUCGCCCUGCACAAGAACUCCCGCUGGAAACGGCCGCUUGACCUCGCUCUGUUGCAACUGGUUGGAGAUGAUGAGAUUGAUAUGUUGGAGCGUCUCUGGCUGUCAGGUAUCUGCCACAAUGAUAAGAUCGAGGUGAUGAGCAGUAAACUGGACAUAGACAACAUGGCAGGGGUCUUCUACAUGCUGCUGGUGGCCAUGGGCCUCAGCCUCCUGGUAUUUGCCUGGGAACAUCUGGUGUACUGGAAACUACGCCACUGUGUGAAGCGAUCUGGCGGGAUGGAUUUCCUUUUGGCUCUCAGCAGGGGGAUGUACAGUUGCUGCCAGUUUGAGGAUGAGACAGCACCAGGAGUCAGAAAAGGCUCUUUGACCCAGUACCACACCAUGACCACCAUGCCUACGGCAGCUCAACAACACCUGGUUACAGCCACAAUAAAUAACACCACUGCCAUUGCCAUGGUGCAACAACAGCAGCAGCAGAAGCACCACCAACAACAGCAACAAGGGCAGACCUACACCACAAUGCUACCCGGAUCGCCGCCAACUACAGGACACUCAGCAAUGGCUCUCGGACCCUCAAACAGCCCCUUACUUGAAGGUCCCAUGCCCUGCUCCACCUUCUUGCCUCGGCAUGACCGCAGACUUGCUGUGGUCGAUCGCUGGAAUAGGCCAAAGCCAGAGAAAGUCAUGAGUGGAGGCAGUGGUGGAGGAGUGGGUGUUGGGGGGAUAGCAGGAGGAAUCAGUGAACUCCAGGCCCAGCAGCAGUAUCAUCAGAACCUUGGACAGCACUGGAACCUGCAAGGAGGAGUUACAGGUGGAGCAGGGGGGGGAGGUGACACAGGGCUAGAUGAAUAUAAGCGCUACUAUGGUCCUAUUGAUCCAGAGGGUCUAGGAGCAAAUUCGGACCAACAGGCAGGGGGCUCCCAGCAGACUCCCAAAGCUAAUCCUCGAGGCCCCAAAGCGUCAGGGAUACCACGUCAGCCUCCUAAAGGCCCCCAACAAGGCCCAGGGCACUUAAUCUCCAAGCCACCUCCACCGAUUCCAUCUUCCCCACGACGACCUCCUUUCUGGCGACGAGGAAGCCUCGUUCAGGCAAGGAGAAAAAGCUCAGGAGGUCCCCUGUAUGAGAAUAUACUCCCUCUGGGGAGGCGAGGAGGUGGGAGGUAUGGAGCAAGUGAUGGAGGUGGAAGAAGAGGGCGACGUCCACCUCCUCCUCCUCUGCCUGUCCCCCUUUCUUCCCCAACACACACCCCUACCACUCCCUCCUCCCCAUGCCGUUUCUACUCCUCCUGCUCCAGUGCCUCGUCCUCCUCCACUUCCUCUACAUCAUCCUCAGCCUCUUCUUCAUCCUCUGUGUCGCUCUCUAGGUCACAUUCACCCUCCUCUAGCUCCAGUGACAGCUCCUACAACUCCUCACUCAGUUUCCGGUAUCGAGCAGGCGACCGGGAUUUUAUGGUGGAUGACGAUUAUGACUCAGAUCUGCUUACAGAGGAGUCCAGCCUCCUCCUUGGGUCACGGAGGAAAAUUCGUUCACGUCGAAUGUCAUCGCGCUCACUGCCAUGCAGCCCUCCACCUCCACCAAUCCCACCCCGGAAGCCACGCCCUCAGAGAGAUUAUGGCAGAGAGAGAACAGGAAGCCAGCUGGCACAAUUACAAGAGUGGUGGGCAUCGUGGGGUGACAGAGAGCGUGGAAGGGGAGGAGCAACAAGCCGGGGUGAUGGAGGAGUGGGUAGAGAGGAGAAGAGGCACCACAAAGAGAGGGACCAUGAGAGAAAGAGGAGGAAGAAAGGCCGGAAGAAGAAGAAGAGGGAGGAGAGGGAGAGAGAAAGGGAGCGAAAGCGGCGCAAAACAAAGAAGAAGAAGAAAAAAGAUGAUAAAAUGAGGAGGAGAGAGAGAAAGAGGUCAGAGCAGGAGGGAGGAGAUGCUGAAAAAAGAGAAGAACUCAAAUCAGGUACACCAGACUACCCAUCAUACCCACCCCUGAGACGGGAGUCUUUUCGGAAAAAGAGUGAAAGCUCAAUCAGAAGUUAUGGAUGGAACAUUCCAGGCGAAGAUGAGAGGAAGGAAAGAGACGAGAAAGACAGGGAUGAUGGGGAAGACAGCAGAGGAAAAGAAAGACACCACAGGCGAAGGAACAGCAAACACUAUCAAAGCUCUAGCAGUAAGCCUUCUUCAUCUGUUAAGUUCUGGGGAGGGGGCAACCCAUCCUCUGACACCAUUCCAUCUGCCUUUCUGCCCUUGUUGCCUGUCACCUCUAAAAGGAGGAAGAGUAAAAGUUCAGACAGGGAUGCUGUAGGAAAGGAAGGAGAGAGGAGACCAUUGCUGGGACGGAACGGAAGAGCUGAGAUGCACUCCAAGGAGGGGUUGUCCUUCCACGAGUGGGAGUCCGAAGUAGAGCAAGAGGAAGAAGAUUCUGAGCUGGAGAGGAGGAAAGCAGAGCGUGGAAAGAGGCGUGGAGGAACAAGGACAAUGUCCGAUGAGGAGCGGGAACGCGAUAAAGUAGUUGGGAUAUAUUCUGAUGAUGAUGGUUCUUCAGGAGAGUUUGGGAAAUUUGAGAGGUACUGGGAGGAUCAUGAAGGCAGGGCAGUUGGUGGGAUUGGAGGGGGAGGUUGGUUUUUUAGCACCUACCCCUCCAGGGAUAAAGUUGGCAGCAUCAACAGUAGAGAUGACCUGUUCCUGGAGCGAGGAGAGAGGUGGGGGACAGCAGAAAGUGGAUGGGGGUCUGGUGGACGGGGUGGUGGAGGUGGAGGAGAUGGAGGAGACAGAGGGUGGGGAUCAGGGUCACACUGGCCCCCGCCUCCUCUCACGCCACCACCUCCUCGACGAUACUGGUCAGUGGACAAGCUCCACAUACAAGAUGAGAAGAAGAGUAAACGCAAGUCAAAGGACAAGGGAAGGGGGCAUGCAGCUUGUUCCUCCUGUCAUUCCCCCCGACACCAUCCGCACUCCCAUUCCUCCAAAUGGGCUCGCAUAAGUUCGCGAAGCCAGGAAGAGCUGUACCACCACUGUCAGAGUUUCGGUGGUCCCCUGAAGUCCAAACAUGACUCAUCAUCGUCCUCCAAACCUGAUCGUUCACAAAAUCCAUCCAAAUCUGGCAGUCAGUCAAACCUCAGUAUCCAGCAGCGGACACAGAGAACAGAUAGGGAUCGAGAUCGAGGACGGCAACCAUCCCCACCUCCGACACUCAUACCUAAUUUGCCUCCCCCCCUACCUGCCCUUCCAGCUCCUCCAACCACAUCUCAUCCUAUCCACGUUCCUCCUACCUCUUCCUCUUCUGUAUCUUCUCCCUCUGUUGUCUCAUCUACCCCAGGGGCACCACAGCCCUCCUCCAUGGCUUCGGCAAGUGCUAAACUACAGUACCAGAGAUUGCGCUCUGUACCUCAGCCCCAGAGGUUUCCUCAGUCUCCUCACUUACCCCUCAAAGCCAAGAGCCUUUGCUCGCGAAGGGGCUCGGCCCAUUUCUCUAGCGUGGAGAGCGAGGUCUGAAGUUCAACAAGGUAUCAAAAGUCAUAAGAGAUCCCUGCAAGGCUGACGCUAUGCAGGUGAUUUGGAUCUGAAUCUGCCCAGCAGCAAACAUGGCAAGGCAGCCAAGUCAGUACAGUAUACGCACUGAGCCCUUUCCUAAAGGUCUGCACAAACAAACAAACCAGAAAGCCAAACAAACCCAGUGGGGUUGGUCAAAUGAAAACAGGAGCAACCUUGUGCUAUACUGUUUCUUUUAUUCCUCUCAGUAUGUGAAUGACUACAACCACAGCCACAACUUGCAUUCUGAACCAAUACACUAAAAGCAAAUCAGACAUUAAAAGUGGUACAACCGAAAGAGACUCCUUUACUAUAGACAGUAAAGGGCUUUGGAUGUUGAAGCAGAGCAGUAGUUUGUAUUCAGAAGAUUCUUAAUGCUUACUGAGGGCUCAGGAACUUUGUAGUACUGUAUGCCUGCUGCUCUCGGAAGCCUUUAACACAGAACAAUGUUCUUAUUUUUUUUCCUUAAAUGAAACGCUUACCCCUACUUUCCUUUUUCCUUAACAAACUGUUUACACCCCCGCAGAACUGUGACACCCUUCUGAGGCACGUUUGUUGUGUAUGAUCAAUACCUUCUUGUUUAGAGGGAGAGGAGGGUGAUAACCACCUUGUCGUCUCUGUGUUAUCCAUGCAUCCUCUCUUGUUAGCUUCUCUUUUGUUCUCUCCUAUCUUUUCCCCCCUUAUUCUCUCCUCUUACCUCCUCUACCUCCGUAUUUUCUUUCUCUCUCUUUUUCUCUGCUGUACCUUCUUUUCCCACCUUAUUCACAUGUCUGUCUUCUCCUCAUCUCUCUUGACAUCUCCUCGCCUGUCCUCCCCUCUUGGCUCCUCUCCUUGAUGUGAUUAUUAUGUGUGUCUGUGCAUUUCUGUGUUUGUAUUCUUGACAACAGGGUAAGUCAACUGUGACUGAUAUUCUACUGGCUUAAUGAAAAGCUGAGUGCCAAACUUAAGUAGAGCUCAACAUCAAUCUGUACAACAUUAGCUGCUGUGUUUCCUUUUCUCUUGCAGAGUAUUCCAUCAUCUCCCAAAAAUGUGCACAUGCAAGUACACAUUCACACACACAUAAAAGUACACACACUUGCUGUCAAUUCAUCUAUUCUCUUUCUUGAGCAAUACAUUAUUCAUCCUCUGUUCAUGUUACAAUUUUAUACUUUGAAACCUUUAUUUUACUUCUGUGUUGUAGUAGUUGUUGUUGUUAUUAAUGGUGUUCUAUAUAUCAAAACAUGUAUUAAUUCUAAUACAAUGUAAGCACUGUGCCAUACUACUCAAGCUGCACAUGAAACAUUCUCUCAACUACCUAACUACGACAAUGGAGGCAGUGUCUUUUCUCUCCCUGUAUUUGACUGAAUGUAAAGUCAGCCACCAACAAGUGUGCUGCAUCAACAUCUAAGACACUUGGAAAUGGAAAUUGUAGCAUUUCCGAUGGAUUCAUAAGAUAUUCAUAACAUCUUUGUUGAUAUAGCCUGAAGUAAGCAACGGUAUGUUACCCUUGCAGGGUAAGUGUACAUGCAUCAUGCUUAAGGAUUAGAUCUGCAAUGAGUAACAUUUUUAGAGUUUUAAAUCUUUUGUUGGUUUUCUCCUUCAAGUGGUUCAAUCGGUGCCAAGACUACAGCAAAUGUUUGCAAAUAUAAAACUAAUUAACCCAGGUUUGCUUGCCAUCAAGCAGGAGAUAUGUUUCCAACAUGCUAGGUAGAGCUACACAGUUUUGUUAGACAAAGUAAAGGAUUGUUGCAGGGAAAUGUAUAGCCUUAUGCUGAUGCCUCUUGCCAUAUGUUUUGUGCAAAGUAUGAGUAUGAAGGUAUGUAUUUUAAUCAACUUGUUAACCAAGACUAUAUGAUAGAAGGGGGAGGAUUUUGAUUGGUGUGAAAAUAAAUCAAGUGCAAGUGCCGUUUUGAUGUCAAAGAGACUGUGCCUAUGUUGGAUGCUAGCAGUAUAGACAGUUUUGAAGAAGUGCUGGAUCUGAGUGAUGGUUUAUGAAAGACACAGUAGCACCUCCUGUGAGAUUUUGUUUUUUUUUAAAGUAUUUCUCACCUUGUAAAUGUAUAACCAAGAGCUAUAGCUUUUUAAUCCAUGAUCAAGCUGACACCAGCAGUUACACUCCGAUGUCAAGCACUUAGCUAGAGUAGGUAGUUAUAUCCAUCAACAUUAGAAUUUAGUAUCAGGACAUUGAACAUCAAUGGGGCUUUAGUGGAGAGGCAAGAGCCGUUGGCACCAUGGCGUUUGUGUUUUUGAGUCAGUCAUAAUGCCUGAGCCAUCUUUCCCACACAAGUCUGAUCAGCUCUUGUUGUUUGCCUAGAACUGCAUCUGAGCCAUAAUUUACUUAAGCUGAAGAGAACAAAAAGAGAAUUUAAGUUUUUAAACAUAAACUUGUUGUGUAGUUUGCCUUUGUUUAAGAAAAAAAUCUAGAUACAUAUAUAUAUAUAUAUAUCAUAUAUAUUUGUGGCGGUGGGUAGCAUUAGAGAAAAUAGUUGUUUAGCAUCUUGAUAUUUGGGGAUAUUGUUUCUCAUUCCAAGUCCAUUCCAUAUUAAUAUAAAUAUGUGUUAAAAACACAUAUUCACUCAUAAUCACGGAUCGGGAGAUUAAUUUGUUCAAAUUUUAGAUUUACUAAAAAGACUGUAUUAAGCCAAGUUGGAGGAAGUGCUUUGCUUAUUACAAUCAGCAAUCAACAGCUUAUACAAAUUUCAGUGAAAUCAGGAAAAGCGUGGAGUAAGUGUGACAUGUUUCAGGGCGUUCACACCGCAAGCAACUCAAGUCUGUUGCCUCAAAUACAAACAAUCUGUAUGACCUAUAAGAAAAUUUAGCUUACUUUUGUCUUUGAAAGGUUAGCUGCAGUUAAAUGAUUGGGCUCAUUUGUCUUGCUGUGUGUCACCCUGUUGCUGAAACACUACAGCAUCAGUGAGCUAGCAUACACAGGUAAUUGCACAUUAGUACGGCACAGCAGCUGCUAGUGGUGUGAACACAGAGCAUGGGUGCUUCAUCAGAGAAAUGAGCCACCAGUCUUUCCUUCUCUCCCCUUACCUCUUUUCCCUCAUGUCUAUCCAUUGUGUUGGUGCGUGUCUGCAAUUGUAAAGCUGGUCUGUUUUUAAAAAAGAGUAUCUGUGGAUAUAUUUAUUUCAUCAAAAAAAUUGCAUAUCUAAAUAUAUAUGAUAGAAUAUUUCAAGGCGCUAAGAUCUAUGUUAUAUAAGUUUGUCUACUAAAUUUUCGGUAUUAUCUUAAUGAAUUAAUGUCUUUUUUGUCUGUCUGUCUCUCCUUGUCUCAAACCUCCUGCCCAGCUCCCUACCCCCCAGCGAGAACAGAGACCAGUAUGUAACUGUGUUUUUGCUCACUUAAGACCAACCAUCCGCCUCCAUUAGCUAUCUACUGUAGCUAACGCUAAGAUUUCAACAAAGUGACAAUGUGGAGGGGGGCGCGAGUGUCUUAUGACCGUGUCACUGUAGCAGUGGCGGCGUGUGUUUGUCUACCCAGAGGGGCCUUUAUUUUUGGUUUGGGCUACAGAUUAAUGACUAAUUAAACCUUUUAUGGAUACAGCAGCUUUUACCACAACUCUCACUUGUGUAGGGGUCUGUUUCGGGUUCACAUCAGACCCUGGAGUUUAUAUCUCAGUGUAGAGUGAGGUGACCUCUUUCAAACACAAUGUAGCGAGCAGCACAGGCUUUUUUUGCAUCUUUUAGUAGCUGUAUUAUAUACAAAAACAUGCACAGCUACCCCUGCCAACCAACCUAUACAGUAUAUAUAAGGACUUUGAUAUACGUACAUAGUGUGUUGUAUUUGCCAAGCUGCUGUGCUGUAAAACAAAAGAGGAAAAAAUACACAACAAACACACUGUUUCUUUCUUAAUUUUACAAAACUGGUCAAGCUAAUACGACACAUGUCAGGGGCAGGGCUAAAUCUUAGUGUGGUUUCCACUAAGACCAAAAACUGGUCAAACCAGGGCUUUCUUUUUUGAUAAUAACUUCAAAAAACAUUAUCAGUAUUCCCCCUUUUACCAGCAAAAAAGGGUUCCUAAAUUGACAACAAUGACCCUGCACAUGUCAUUGAGUGAAACAUUGAAACAACACUGCCUGAAAGUUUUAUUUUUUUUAUUAAAAUUUCACAUACAUAGAUACCAAAAUAAUUAAGGAAAUCUUAAAAGAUACAUGUGAGGGUGUGAUAGAAGCCAAUAAUGGCUUAUAUGAAUAACCAUACCCAGAAAACAUAACAUACAGUAAAGAUAUAAUACAAAAUCACAAAUACAUUUUAAAUAUUAAGAGGUAGGAGAUAGGUGAUCCACCCUGCAGGCCAACUUACACUUUUACAUUCUUAUGAUACAUUAAUGUAAGUCAGUGUGGUCCAAAGUAAAUCAAAUUUCAACACGUUAUUUAGAACUAUAUGAAGCAUUUACUGGCCCUGAGCCCUGGUAAGCCCAAUUUUAGCCUUCAGUGGAAACACAUUCACAGUUUCUGCCUGUACACCUCUGAACAAAGGCCUUGUAUUAAUACUGCUGUAUUGACUGACUGUAUGAGAUGAUGGCUAGUUGUGCUACACUUUAUUGUCAGCGCCUCACACAUGCAUACAGACACACACACAGACACUCACACACACGCACACAGGCUGCCACCACAGGUUCAGCCACAUCUGCCACCAGUGGGGACAAUGACAAUACUGUGAUGUACUGCAAGCAGGACAGAAAUAAAAAGAUGAUUUUAAUAAAGAAG